AGGUGUUACCACAGUGUUUAUCAAGUGAGUUUGAGAGAGUUGUCAGACUGGUAGAGGGAUUAUUUGGCAUAGAGACAUUAAAUGUAUCAUUGAUGUACAGAUUGCAGUCUACAAUUAACUUACGUCACCUACAUCUGUCAGAAUUGGAAUCAUCAUUGUUUACAUCCCAGUUGCUAGGUGAUGUGAUUUUAACCUUAGUGAUGACCUUGACACCAGGAGAUGAUUCAAGGUCACUAUUACAUCAUGCUAUUCAGUGCUACAUUAGUGUUAUGAAGAAACAAUGUGACAAGAUUGUUAAAAACCAUGACCUUCAGUUGUUGUACCUAGGUGAACUCUUCCAUCAUGUAUGUCAGAUCACCUUGCAUCUCCCUGCAGAAAUAAUGGACUCCUCCUUGGUGUUUCUGCUGCACAUUGUCAACAAGUUCAAGGACGUUUCCAAGGGAAUGGCAAAAGGUCAAAAAGCGAAAAUUAAAAGCAGGAAAAUAGGGUCAAAGAUGGUAAACUACGUGGAGAAUGGUAUGAGGUCUGCAGUACACAGGCUACCUGACACAUGUGAAGAGAGACAUAUGCUUUUGAAGAAGUUAGGGAAUCAGUCUUAAUCCAGACAAAAGAUCAUUUAAUCUGAAGAGAAUUAAUUCAUAGAUAGACAUUUUGUAGUGAACUUUUAAAAUAUAAAGUUGAUUUCAAAUUAUGGAUGAAAAUUAACAUUUAUGUACUUAGUUACAUAGCAACAGUUAAAAGAUCCAGCAACAUUUUAGGCUCUUUAACAGAAAAUCCUUGUUAUUAAAAUGGGGGAAAAUUUUCAGCUUGCAUAAGCAUGGUUUUUCUGUGCUUUUCACAGAAUGAUCAUCAGCAAGUGCUGUGGUGCAUGUACUUGGGAUUUUGUGAUUUUAUUAUUUUUGGCAAAAUAAUGGCUUUGUUUUUACAUUUGUUAUGUCGGUGUAAAACAUGGAUUUGAACAUUAAAAUAUUUCUGUUGCUCUUUGUGAUAAGUAACUGGCAAUAUACUCCUGCCACUGUUACAUCAGGUCAGCCUACAAAACAACAAAUACCAUUAUAUAAUGUAUUGCAUAUUGCCACUUUGGUGCAGUAA